GAGAGCGUGAAGGUGCUGCGGCUGACGCUGCCGAAUGACCUCCCCGGCGACAGGCGCGAGCAGGCGAAGCAGAAGCCGGUGGGAAAAGCCUUCGCCAUGGUGGCCAACAGAUCCAGCAACGGUCACUCCCUGGCCUCCGAAUGCAUCAAAUCCAACGACGGCGAUGAGGAGAUCAUCAAGGUUUACCUGAAGGCACGAGCCGAGGGCAGCGUGAACCAUGAGGAGCACGUCAACCAGCUGAAGAGCGAAGUUCGUUACAUUCAAGAGGCUAGAAGUUCUUUGAAGAAGCUGCGGGAAGACUUAAGUAGUAAACUUGAGAACAGACAAGGAGAUAAACAGCACGCACAGGUGGUGCUGGAGAGGCAGAACGGGAGCUGGUUGUACCCCGAGAGGCUGCGUGCCGAUUCCUGGGAGGACCAGUUGUCCUCUCCGCAGGAGGACGACUGCUCAGGUGAAGACGUGGAGAAGAUCCGACAGACGGCAAAGAGGCUGUUCACAAAGCUGCAGGAGGCCGAAAAGCGCCAUCAGUUUGAAAAGAAAGCCUUUGAGAGGACGAUCUCGCAGUACCAGGAGGAAGCAGAGCAGGCGAGCUCUGCCCUGCGGAGAGCGGAGAAGAGCGUGGUGGAGAAGGAGGUGGAGGUGGAUGAGCUGCAGAGACUCCUGGCAGGGAUGGAGAAGGAGCACAGGAGCUUGCUGCUGAAGAUGAAAGAAGGCGAAGCCGAGCUGGCGAGGCUGAGAAGCGUGGAAGGUGACAAGCUUGCCGAACAAGACCGGUCAGCCCAGCUGGAGAAGGAGGUGGCCAUGCUGCGGGAGAAGAUUCACCACCUGGACGACAUGCUGAAAAGCCAGCAGCGCAAAGUCCGCCAGAUGAUCGAGCAGCUCCAGAACUCCAAAACGGUGAUCCAGGCCAAGGACGCCGUGAUCCAGGAGCUCAAGGAGCGAGUCGCUUACUUGGAGGCUGAGAACCUGGAGAUGCACGACCGCAUAGAGCACUUGAUCGAGAAGCAAGUCAGUCGGGGCGGCCACAGCUCCCGAGCACGCUCGAAGUCGGAGUACGUGAGCAGCAAAAGGCUGACGGGCCCCAAGCCGCUGCCUCUCAUUCGAGUAGUGGAAACAUGA